UUAAAACAAAUUCAUAAAAUCAUAUAUAUGAGAAAAAAAUAAAACAAAAACAAUCAGCACUAAAAGUGCGAAAAAGAAGGCAAUAUAACAAAUUGCAUUUGAGCAGUUUUGUAUUGUGCACCGCCUACCAGGUUUGAGUUUGAGUGAAAUUGAAUUUUUUUUUGAGUAGUGAAAAAUAGCUCGUUUGGGUGGCAGCACUAAAAUUUGUUUGUUGUUUGAGACAGCGCUGCUGCAGCAAUUCAUGCACAGACAGUAAAUAAUGUAAAGAGGAAGAACAAUGUAUGAAAAAGUGUGUAUUACGGAAAAACGAUAAACAUAAAAAAGUACGAUUUACAGCAAGCAAUUUAAGUGCAACUAAAAAAAGAAAGACUAAUAAGAGAAGAAGAAAAAUCAAAUAAAAGAUAUAAAAUCUUAUUUUUAAAUGACAUAGAAAUUAAUUUGUGUUAGUUGUAUUUAUUGUGGCUCAGUUCACGCACCAUAUUAUACUUUCAAACAUCUAAGGACGAGCUGAACUGCAAUUUACUAAUCUACACUAAUUCUUGUUAAAUUUGUAAAAGAAUUUAACAAUUUUACAAAAUAUAUAUUAUAAAUUAUAAAUUACUAAAGAAACCACCGUUUGCAAAGAAAAGGGAAACACCGUGCAACAACAGUAACAAGGUGAGAAGGUGAGAAGUAAAAUCCAACGAAUGAAAUGCAAACAAGAAUCCUGACUUUGGACUUUUAAAUAAAACAUAUAAUAGACUAAUCAACGUAACAGCACUACCAAAAAUUUAGCUAAUAAUAUAACUUAAACAACAUUAAUAACAGAAAGGCUAACAUACAAGGAACCAUAGUAUAUUUCGUUUUGUGACCACACCGCCAGUUAACUGCCAAAUAUUUUUUGUUAUUACACAACGCAAAUCAAUUCAGUUAAAUUGUCAAUAAAUUUGCAACAAUAAGCCGAACUACAGAAGACAUAGACAUUCUAAAUACUUACACUAAAACCAAAGUCAAUAUAAAUACAAUAACAACGAUUACAACACAUCUGGUGUUAUCAUUAUUCUUGUACGCUUUAGCACCAAAUUUGGUAACCAACUUUAAUCCAUCACAUAUAGACCAAAACCAAUGUCUAACAAAAUCAACCCUAAACGUCGUGAUACACCGACUGUUGUUGGCACUGGUACUACUAUCAGCAAUACUUCAGCAAAUACAUCAUCAUCCUCCAGCUCAUCACUUUCGUCCGCCGGGGGCGGUGAUGGUGGUAUGUCUGCUGAUUUGACUUCUCUUUUCGAAUGUCCGGUGUGCUUUGAUUAUGUGUUGCCACCAAUUCUUCAAUGCUCUAGUGGUCAUCUAGUUUGCGUUUCAUGCCGAUCAAAGCUCACCUGCUGUCCAACAUGCCGCGGCCCCUUGGCUAACAUACGAAAUUUGGCAAUGGAAAAGGUGGCAUCGAAUGUGAAAUUUCCAUGUAAACAUUCAGGUUAUGGUUGUACAGCAUCACUUGUUUAUACUGAAAAAACAGAACACGAAGAAACAUGUGAACGUCGCCCUUAUUUGUGUCCCUGCCCUGGUGCUUCAUGUAAAUGGCAAGGACCUCUCGAUCUAGUCAUGCAGCACCUAAUGAUGUCGCACAAGAGUAUAACAACGUUACAAGGCGAAGAUAUUGUUUUUCUUGCUACCGAUAUUAAUUUACCUGGCGCAGUCGAUUGGGUGAUGAUGCAAUCAUGCUUUGGUCACCAUUUCAUGCUCGUGCUUGAGAAGCAAGAAAAAUAUGAUGGUCAUCAACAGUUCUUCGCAAUCGUCCAAUUAAUAGGUUCACGUAAAGAAGCUGAGAAUUUCGUUUAUCGUUUAGAACUGAAUGGCAAUAGACGCCGUCUCACAUGGGAAGCAAUGCCUCGUUCAAUACACGAAGGCGUCGCUUCUGCUAUACACAACUCUGAUUGCUUAGUAUUUGACACGUCUAUAGCACAGCUUUUUGCCGAUAAUGGAAAUCUUGGUAUUAACGUAACUAUUUCGAUUGUUUAAGCUGUUUAACACCACACACUACUACUAAUGCAUACAAACAAUCGACUUUAAUGAUUUAUAUAGUAAAAACGUUUCUAAAACGAUUUGUCUGAAAAGUGAUUUUAUGACUUAUUUUAACUUUGUAACUAGAAUUAUGCAUAGUAAUUAUUUCGAUGUAAAACUUUACAAUUCCAUAAGUAAAAAUAUGAAUAUGCUACUCUACUUUAUUGUAUUUACGUCACAAAAUAAACAUCUAGUAGAAUAAUAAUUUGCCUUUAG